AGAGAGUGGGACUACGUGACACCUCUCAUCCUGUCCCAGGCCUGGUCAGACCCCAUUCUACAGCUCUGCCUCUGGGCCAUGGUACAUCACAGUGCAGCAGCUGCAAUAUGAGCAUCACUCCAUCCACCAUCCUCGAGAGCCAGCUGCCCACUACGUGGAGCCCUAACUCCUACCCUGAUGUUUCAAUGGUGAUGUCUGGUUACCCCAGUCGUUUGUGGUCCCAUGACUCCCAGCCGCAGUACUGGAGCAAGUACCAGGUGUGGGAAUGGCUGCAGCAGGUCAUGGACAUGCAUCAGAUUGAUGCCUCCAACAUUCCCUUCCAGAACUUUGAUAUGGAUGGCCGCCAGCUCUGCAGCCUGAGCUACCAGGAUUUCAUCCGUGCCGCUGGCAGUGUGGGACCCCUUCUCUUCCACAGCCUCACAGAGCUCAAGUGGAGUGGACAGUACCAUGUGGAAAUAGGACAACUGGAAAUCAAACCAUCAGAAUUAGACUUCUCUUGUCCAUUUCCAGAUGCCAGUUAUCCACCUGGAGAAAUCUAUGAUCCCUCAUUUCAACCCCUUGCACCUGUUGCUUCUCCCACUCCCUCUAGCCCUGACAUAAAAAGAUCCUACAGUCGUCCUCAUCAGGUCAAAAAACACAACCCAAGGGGGACACACUUGUGGGAGUUCAUCAGGGACAUUCUGCUGAACCCGGAGCGCAACCCGGGACUGAUCAAGUGGGAGGAUCGGACAGAGGGUGUUUUCCGCUUCCUCAAGUCAGAGGCAGUGGCACAGUUAUGGGGCAAGAAGAAGAAUAACAGCAGCAUGACGUAUGAGAAACUAAGUCGGGCAAUGAGAUAUUACUACAAAAGGGAAAUCCUAGAACGAGUGGAUGGACGCAGACUGGUUUACAAGUUUGGAAGGAACGCAAGAGGAUGGAGGGAGUCUGAGAAGUGAAUUGCUUGAAUUUCAUUAAUUUAUGUUUUAUUUGGCUUUGUAUGCAAAUGUGACAUUUUACUCGAGUUUCCACAGACCCCUUUGACUUGUAACUUAACGUUUGUAGAAAUGUUUGAUAAAAAUGUGUUUGAACUUGUUACAUUCUUGAUAACUUCUGGUUUGCUUUAUUACAUUUUUUUUUUUUCCAGUUUCUGUAUGUUUGUGGCGACACUGCACUGAGAUGUCCAUUACUGUGCCUUAAAAUCACUGCUGAUUUUACCAAGACGAUAUGAAGUAGUCCCCACACACAUUUGUUUACAUUGUGUUUCACAGAAGAAAAGCAGAUGAAAACUGAAAAGAAAUGCACUUCUAUUUCCAGUUUCCUGUCUGUUUCCAUACCAGAUACUGUAUAAAAAUCUCAGUGAAGUAUGCGUUCAUAUAGGAUUCAACAACAUGUGGCUAAAGGUUUUGAUAUUCCUGUAUGUUGAGUGUUUUUCGACACUGAUACUGUGAAGUUUAACUGCUGCAAACAAACCAGAAAACACGCCAUAUGCCUAAUGCACCAAAACACCAGCAAAAAAAAAAACAGAACAGGUAACAAUAUUUUUAAUUUACAAAAAAAAAAAAAAAAAAGCACUGUAUGUAAACUAGAUUGUAACAUGUUG